AUGAAGUUUACCGCGUGCUUUGCGGUAUUGGUGCCGCUGGCAACUGGGCAUGUGCACCACUCACACAGGCAUUUGGCCGAGCCAGCUUUGGAGAGCAGGGAGGCCAUGGACGCGGAGGUGGUGGAGGAGCACCGCGCGAAGCUCCACGAGCACCACGAGGAGUUCACCUCGCGGCUCCGCCGGCGGCCGCGAGCUGCGGAACUCGAGGCCAACGCCUCGAACGCCUCGAGCGCGCUCAGCGCUCUCUUCAGUACGGAAGCUGCGCUUUUCGGCAGCUUCUUGGCCGAGGGCGCCGAGAGCGACAAGCAGAUGCCGGUCGCGUCCAAGAUCUCGCAGGGAGAGCUGAAGAAGUUCUUGGACCAGCUGAGCGCCUCCUGCCAAGAGCAGUUCCAGCACAUGCUGCAGGGCCAGGGAAAGGCACGGGACCUCCACCGCUUCGGCACCUCGCAGGACUUCAACGCCAGCCUCGCCACCUGCGGGCGCCUGGGGGGCGCGCUCUGCGCCAACCACGCGCGGGUGAAGCAGCGCUCCAAGGCCCCGGAUGGGCGGGUGCUGGUGUCCAGCUCGGACGUGGGGGGCGAAAGCUGCCUGCCGCGCAAGUGCAUCCAGGACCCGGACCUGGGGCGCCUGGCCCAGCUGCUGCAGCAGAAGGCCGUGGAGUCUCUGGGCGCCGCUGCCAGCGGCCAGCGGCCCGCCGAGGUUCUGCUGGACGUGGACUGCACCAAGAGUGGGGGCGCCACGUAUUCCUCCACCAGCCACUGGUCCAUGCAGACCGCCGGCCCGGGGCGAUCAGGCGCCCGGCAAGGCGCCGGGCUCUUCGGCGCUUUGGCGCUGGUCUGUCUGCAGGUCCUGCAGUGA